GCUGAGGCUGGAUGUGGCUGUAGGGGUCUCCCCAGAGAGCAGUGGGUGCUCAGAGCAGUGGUGGGGUGUUUCUGCCUAUGGGAGGGAUGGAGGGUGUUUCCCCAUCACCCCUCUACCUCUCACUUGCAGGAUGGACCUCCCUGAGCCCGCAGGUCCUGCUGCCCUCCCCAAGCACAUCCUGGACAUCUGGGUCAUCAUCCUGAUCAUCCUGGCCACCAUCCUUGUCAUGACAGCCUUGGUGCUCUGCCCGGCCACCGCCGUCAUCAUCUACCGGGUACGGACUCACCCCACACGCAAUGGCAUCGUGUGAGGUGGAGGUGAUGAGAGACAGCCCACAGCCAUGGGAUCCUGUGCUGGGGACCAAGUGGAGCACCCAAAACGCUGGGGAGAGACGGGCAGGAGCUGGGGUCGGCCAGCACCCGGAUGCCUGCCCCUGUACGUGGCUCUUCCACUGCCUCCUAUUUACCUACUGAGCUCAUGGGGACUGUCAAGGAGAUGGUGGCCUGGGCACCAGACAGGAGAUGUGUGACUUUGUGAACCUGUCCAGCUAGAAAUGGCUCGCUCCCAUGAGGCAGCCAGGCUGGUCUCACCUUCCCUGGUGACCUAUUUCUUCCCAGGCAAGCAGCAAGGUGUGGAAAUGCCCAGCAAAGCUAUUUCUUCUUUGGAGUCCCAGCCAUCAGGGUGGUUGGGAAAGAAGGGUCAAAGCAAGAUGGAUGUGGCUUCUGACUGUGCAUUGGGAGACUCAGCUAAAAGCAUUGGUGACAGAGCCCAGCCUGGCUGUGCAGCAGACGUGCAGCUGGGACCAGCUUCUCCUCUAUCAGAUACCUGCUGGAACUGUAGGAAAACCCUGUGGGGUGCUUGGUUCCCUUGGGUCUCAUGGGGCAGAGGAGCAUGGGCAGAUCCUGCCCACACAAUGGCUGCGCUCUGUGCCCCUAAUGAUGGUGAGGGGCUCCGCACAGCGUGGCUGACCCAUUGGGAGGGUCUGUGCCCCUGUCUGGGAGGGCAAAGCAGAGGGGUUUGUGCCAGGCAGUGGUAAGGACCAUGUAAGCUCUUACAGUGCCUCUUGCUAUGAAAUAAAUGGACUUUAUUCUA